AUGUCGGGGCCAGCAUGCGGUGUGUGCAGUGCGGCCGCCUGCUGCCAGCACCUCUUCCACACCGGCGCUGACAACGACGACCUCAAUAGCCGGGCCUUGUUCUCCGUCUUCCCUGCGGUUCACCAUCAUGAGCCCAGCCCCAAGAAGCAGCAGCAACCACCGGGGUGCCUGCACGAGUUCCAGUUCUUUGGCAAUCAGGACGACGAUGACCACCAUGAAAGCAUCGCCUGGCUCUUCGACCACCCACCGCCACCUGCGAGCGAGGUCGGCGACGACGACCUGUCCCCAGCUGAGAACCGGGCGUUUGACCAGUUUGGGCCACAGUACCACCACCCCGGAAACGGGAACGGGAACGGGCUCACCUUUGAGGUGGACGCCAGGCUGGGCCUCGGCAGCGGGGGCGCCGCCCGGCAAACGGAGACAGCAGCAGCAAGCGCCACCAUCAUGUCAUUUUGUGGGAGCACAUUCACAGACGCCGCAAGCUCGAGGCUCAAAGAGACAACCCUGACCGACGACAGUCAGCUGCAAAUGCCGGUAUAUCAGUCAACGGAGAGGGAGGUUAAGUUGAUGAGGUACAAGGAGAAGAGGAUGAGGAGGUGCUAUGUGAAGCAGAUAAGAUAUGCAUCCAGGAAAACCUAUGCGCAGGUGAGACCCCGGGUGAGAGGCCGUUUUGCUAAGGUAACCGAAGCCUGCUCCGGCACAGCAGACAACGUUGGCAACGACCACCUGCUGUGA